UUGGCGAGGCAAAAGCAAAAAAGCGGGGCACGCCUCGGCACAUUGUGCCAGCGGGGUCCCCCGUGGCCGCCAUGGCCGCGUGGAUUUUCCUGGGUCUCGCGGUCGCCACGACCGCCGCGGCCGCCGGCCCGGUGCCGGAGCCUCUGCCUGCCGAGCAGACGCCCCAUCAGCGGGCCCUCUUCGCCAAACACGCGGCGGCCGCGGCGGCGGCCAGCGCCGAAGCCACGGGAGAGGUGCUGGCCUUCCUGGACUCCAGUGACUUUCGGGAAGCCCUGCGCCGCUGCUGCGCGGAGCUUCUGCCGCUCUCGGCGCUCGAGCUGCUGAAGCGGUACCGCGCCGAGGCCCGGUCAGCGGAGCUCGCGCACGCCCUGCCAGCGGAGAGCUUGACGGCGGUGUGGCCGGACGUCACGUUAGCGGAGCUCGAGGAGCACGGCUGGUUCCUCAACGAGUGGCAGGCUGGACUGCUGCACGGCAAUGCCACUCCCGGCACCCCUCAGGCGGUGAACGACCUGGUCCAGCAGCGUCUCUACGGCUGCCGGCCCUUCACUUCGCCGACGGCUCCCACCUGGGCAGAGGCUGCAGGGCGGCUCAUCUACGUGGCCCACAACAUGCGGCGCCUGGACUACGGGUCCAUGCCCAGCUUUGGGGACGUGGUGGCGGUCUUCAAUACCACCUACGUGCAUGACAUGGUCCUGACGAUGCCGUACGACAGCGGCCAGUAUGGCAUGUCCUGCUGGCACCAGGGCAUCCCUGAAGGCUUCGCGCCUCCCCAGCUGAACUGCAGCUCCUGGGGCGAGGUGCUGGGCACGCUGGAUCACUUUGAUCAUCUCAUUCUGCCGAACCUCUACAUGAUGGGCAACUGGUCGUUGGGCAACUUCUCCUUCCGCUACAACAUGUCCGCAAACGUGCAGUCCCUGUUCGGGCGUAGUGCCAUCGCGAAGCUUCCCUAUGAGGCGAUCCCGCCUGUGGACACCUUCGAGGCUGUUCAGUACCUUGAGACAAACAUCCUGGGAAACCCCCGGCUGCCUGCAGGAGUGAGUUUCCUGAUCGGCAACGGCGGCACGCUCUUCGGCACAGCGCUGGGUCGGCAGCUGCAGCGCGUGGCCGCCGCUAGGGGCUGGCCCCUCUUCUGGGCCAUGACUGGGCUGCCCAGCCCGCAAACGCAGGCCAACUUCACCUUGCCCUUGCUGCCCAGCAACCGCCGCUUCGCGGACCCGGCGUCGCACCGGGCGCUCACGGAUGCGCCGCUCGCGGAAAACGCCGAGAAAGGCUUCGAGGAGGUCUGGGCGCAGGCAAAAGAGCUCAGAGAGAACCGGAAUCUCACAGAGGCUGACUCAGAGGGCUGGUGGCAGCAGCUGACUGCAACCCAGCUGAUGGUGGCACCUGUGACGCACGGCCGGUGUGCAUCGCACUGCGUCGCCCAGCUCUCUGUGGGAUGUGUGUGCCGCGUGGCCAAAGUGGAGGUGAUGCUGGUCUGAGGCCACGUUGCUUGGGCGCCUGAGGCGCCCAUUUGGGCAAAGUCGACUAAGACCGGGUAGAGAUAUGGCUUGCUCCUCUCCAAUUUCUUUUGUGGCAGUCAGAAAUCCUCGCUGAGUCACGUUCUUCGGAGCCCCGGAGCCCUGGAACCUGGAGCGGUGCACGAUAUGCACCAUGAGGGGUUUCCUUUGCGACGAGAGGAUCGGGCACGCCUUCCCCAGCUACUUGGGUGACGGAAGGAUCUGAAGUGCUGUCUGAGUUUGCUGAUCGC